GGUGAGUGCAUGCACCCUAAAAGUAGCUUCUAUUAUUCCUUGAAGUGUACCUUCAUUGUACAUAGAUGCAUACAUUUCACUCUCUAUAUAUAGCUUGCGUCUUAGCUCCCAUCGCCAGAGCAUUCAACUCAACACCACAACCCGACCUCAUCUUCGCUCCCAAGAAGACAAAUUUAAUAGUCUCUCUGAUCUUUCACUUGUUGUUCUUGGGUUCUUUCAAUCUGUUUGAUGGAAGCGUUUAACAGGAGCUCAUCGACUUCUUCUACAUCGUCCGACUCAUCUUCGUCGGAGUCUUCGUUCUCGGCCGGCGGAAAGGCGCCGCGAGAUGGGAAUAGGCCGGAGAGGAUUAAAGGGCCGUGGAGUGCGGAGGAGGACAAGAUCCUUUCCCGGCUUGUGGAACGGUACGGGCCGCGAAACUGGUCGUUGAUUAGCAAGUACAUAAAGGGCCGCUCCGGGAAGUCUUGCCGGCUCCGGUGGUGUAACCAGCUCAGCCCCAGUGUGGAGCACCGAUCCUUUUCUCCGGCUGAGGAUGAGACCAUCUUGGCCGCCCAUGCAAAAUACGGAAACCGAUGGGCCACCAUUGCCCGCUUGCUCCCUGGUCGGACCGAUAAUGCCGUCAAGAACCACUGGAACUCCACCUUAAAGAGAAGAUACCAACACCAGAAUCAGAACCAGAACCAGAACCAAAAUCAAACGUUCGAUUUCACCGAGGUUGCCGACGCUAAAAGUAGCCCGUCGGGAUCUGUGUUUUUCGGCUUGGAAAACUCUACAUUAUGCAUGAAUAUCAACGCCGGAGAGAGUCCCAGAGUAAAUACUAGUAGCGGUAGAACGUUCCCGUUAAGUCAUUGUGACGAUGAGUAUGAUCCGAUGACAACUCUGUCCCUGGCGCCGCCGGGAAUGGGCGGACACGAACUGCCGGAGAGACGGACGGAGAGCUUACCGGCGGGAUUCUGGGAUGUGAUGAGGGAGGUGAUUGCUAAGGAAGUAAGAGAGUACGUUACGUCGUCGUUUUCUGGGCCUUCCACUGGGUUUCAUUAGGAUGAUGAUUAUAGUAAAAUGUUUGUUGCUUGUUAAUUAAUCUCAUCUUGUCGGCUUUCAUAUUAAAUUACAUAAAUUAAAUCAAUCAGUUGGUUCAUAGUUUU